CCGACCAGAUUGAAUCAACCUCUGAAUGAAAGAGAGAGAGAGGAGGCAGAGGGAGCAAACAGAGAGCACCAAGUAAUCUGCGAGACAAAACACAGAGAAAAAUCAGAAGAGCUGCAAAAAGUUUAUUUUAUGGGUCUGCCGAGAACAAAAUAAUAAUGUUGACUAUCUUUUUUCUGUAAUGAUCGACUGCUAUAACAAACUAUUUACAUCGGAAAUGGACCGUCAAAUUGCAAACUUCUCUGGGAUGUGGAAAAUGAAGACUUCUGAAAACUUUGAAGAACUCCUGAAAGCGUUGGGUGUGAACGUGUUUGUCAGGAAGAUAGCCGUGGCUGCAGCCUCCAGGCCUGCAGUAGAGAUCACCCAGCAGGGAGAGAGUCUCUCCAUCCAGACCUCCACCAGCAUACGCACCACCCAUGUCUCCUUCACCGUGGGCCAGUCCUUCAAUGAGGACACAGUGGAUGGACGCCCUUGCACUAGUACCCCUCGCUGGGAGACAGAUAGCAAGAUCAGCUGUGAGCAGACUUUGCAGAAAGGGGAGGGCCCUAAGACUGCCUGGACCCGUGAAGUGACCAAUGAUGGUGAACUAAUUUUGACAAUGAGCGCUGGGGAUGUUGUGUGCACCAGAGUAUAUCAACGAGAAUGAAAGACUUUUAAGACUGUCAAACAUUUCCAUUUUUUUUAUUUCUACCUGCUCCUUUUGCUUAUUUAAUCUUCCAGUUAUUCUGAUUGUGGUUAACAAGAUGUCAGUUGUAUGUGUUUUGUCAGACAGAGUUUGAUUGUUGUGAAAGCCUUGUGCCAGUUUAUUUUCAUGUAUAAUGUUCUUGUAAUAGCAUGUAAUGGCUUUGUAAUGUUAUCAUUGCUCCUCCACAACUAAAGCUGUAUUUAUUCUCAGUAUACCACAUGAAAACCCUAUCUGAAUUUUUCUUCAAAAUGUCUUACCAAAGCAACUGUAAACCAUCCUCAAACUGUGUUGUUAAAACAAUUAUAAAUUGAUCAUGUGUUUCCAAAACCUGA